CACCCUCUCUUUCCGGCUCUCUCCUCCAUCACUAUCUUCCCUUCUUCAUCUCUUCUGUAGACCUCCACAUCUGCAUCUUUACAUCCUCAAGACUUUCUCUCAACAAGACCAGGCAAAAACAGCAAACACAUCCUCUUCCAUAAAAAGUCUUGAGUCAUAAUUUAGAGAAACCACCAGUCAAGCCUUCAGCUUUUCGCAGUGCCGGCGUGGGAGAAAGAAAGCAUGUCUCAGCAGAUGUUGCACUUGACGGUGGUGUCCAUGUGGCUUUUUGCCGGGUACUUCCUGGGAGAGGCGACAUAUUACAAUCACCAUAUGUACAACCGCUAUCGUGCAUUCAAUCACCAUGCCAAUCAGCAUGCCAACAUGGACAAUCAGCUUCCUCCAGAGGUACCUGUGGUGACGGAGGUAGUGGUCCCUCGCCCAGUCAACUUCAGUCGCACCUUUUAUGGGAUCAUGUUUGAUGCUGGCAGCACUGGCACACGAAUCCAUAUCUACAGGUUCAUUCAAAAAGACCCAGUUGAGUUGCCAGUUCUCGACAAUGAGAUGUACCAUGCAGUGAAGCCUGGAUUGUCAGCAUAUGCGGAUAUGCCUGAAGUGGGAGGAGAAUCCAUUAGACAGCUACUGAAGGUGGCAAAGAAGACCAUUCCCAAAGAGGAAUGGAUACAGACACCUGUGGUUCUGAAAGCCACCGCCGGCUUGCGCCUGCUACCUCAAGAAAAAGCCAAAGCCUUGCUGGAUGAGGUGAAAGAAGUUUUUGACGACUCUCCAUUCUUUGUGCCAAACAACAGUGUCACUAUCAUGAAUGGAACCAAUGAGGGGGUCUUGGCAUGGGUCACAGUAAACUUCCUAACAGGUCAUUUGUAUGCUAAAACAAGGAAAACCGUUGGGAUCUUGGAUUUGGGUGGAGGUUCAACUCAGAUUACUUUCCUCCCAAAAUUUAAGAAAACUGUGCUGACCGCUCCUCCAGACUACAUUGCCAAAAUCAACAUGUUUAACAGCACUUAUGAGCUGUACACCCACAGUUACCUUGGAAAUGGACUUAUUGCAGCCCGACUAGCAACUCUUGGUGCUCUUGGUGCUGAUGGUCUUGACUGGAAAGUUUUCAGAAGUUCUUGCUUACCCAAAAAAUUCAAAGAAGACUGGACCUUUGGUGGACUCACCUACAAAGUCAGUGGAAUCCCAGAUGGUUUUGCAGGGUACAAGCUGUGCUACCAUGAGGUGAUGCGGGUGGUGAAAGGGAUUGUGCACCAGCCCUUUGAGGUGAAAGGAAGCAGCAUCUUCUAUGCCUUCUCCUAUUACUUCGACAGAGCUGUGGAGUCUGGCCUCAUUGAUGGAUCCCGUGGUGGUACUGUGGAGGUCAGGGAUUUCAAAAAGAGAGCUAAAGAAGUGUGCAACAAGAUGACCAAAUACCGUCCCAUCAGCCCAUUCUUGUGCAUGGACAUGACCUACAUCACAUGCCUACUGAAAGAGGGAUUCGGCUUCAAGGACAGCACCGUUCUGCAGCUUACUAAAAAGGUGAAUAACGUGGAGACAAGCUGGGCACUCGGCGCCAUCUUCGAUCACUUCCACAAUCUUAACAUUAAUUAAGUCUGCAGUUUUGAUGGUACCAGCAUGAGGAGCCAAGCAGGUAGAAAUCUCACCUGAUCAAGCAGCCCCUCUUUUUCCUCCACACCCAAACUCAUUUGAGUUUCAGACCUGCCCUGCACUGCAGCCCUGUACCACCACGCUCCCCGCUCACCAACCAAACAGCCAGAGAACUAUUCACAAAGAAAUCACUAUAUUUUUGUAAAGAAGGCCAUGCCAGCCUGCUAUUUCUACUGUAUGUUUACAUUUUUCAGCUCUCGUCUCACCUGAGACACUGUCUGUCUACUUUGGCAGUUAUAAAGGUUUUAAUGUUUAAAGCAACCAUUCAGGGCUCUCUAAGAAGCUUGAUUCAAGCAGUUGUGCAGGAUAUUGUGCAGUGGGAUACUUUUAAAACAUUGUUUUGAUUAGUGUAGCUUCCAAAUCCUCUCUAUUGUGGUAUUUGCUUUAGGCUAUGGUAAAUUAUAUCACAAAUUCGCAAUGCGUUAAGUGGCCCUCAAUCUAGCACGUAACACUUUAAAUGUAGCUGGUAGAACAACAGCCAUCUGUAUGUUUUGAAAUGUGGUUUGGGACCACCAGCUCAAAAUAGGAAUGACUGGAUAAGUAAGUAUAGGAGCAAAUUAUGGUGUCACUGAAAUUGAUGACUAUUUGAAAGUUUUUGUAUGUAUUAAUGAAUGCAUUUAUUUACGUAUGUCAGGUUGUAUGUUGAGAAGGUUUGCAUAGUUAAGCUGUAGAGUUGGAACAUUUUCAGAUGGACAUUGUUCUUGGUGAAAUGCUACAGGUGCUUUUUUAAACCAAGGUCUAUACAGCCGUUUUUUUUUACACUGAAUGGCAUGCAGUUAUCAAAUAAAUCAACAGGUAUAUAAACACUUACCAUACAUGGCUAGAUCCUGUCAAUACUUUGACAAAAUAUAACUCUGGUUGGAGGAUAAUAAGACUUUGUUACUGUAUUUUAUGCUAAACUUACGUUGUCAAAAGCCAUUCGGCAACAUGGAAACAAUACCUUCAACCUCAUUUGUCUUAAAACUUUGGUUUGGUUUUUGUGGAUGUUUUUUAAUUGUUUAUAGGAGUCCUUAAGUGGAGCAGAGGUAGAGCAUUACUGUUUAGUGUAGGUAAAGAUGCUCAGGUGUAACGUUUUGCGAACUAUUAGGCCAUUCAGAGAUUUUAAUGCAAUAUUGAAGGGUAACUUGUUACAGGUUAAUACUGCUAUAGAUAGCCUGACCGAUUUAGGAAAAUCAGACAAUUUUUGUGAAUUAUUGUACAAAUAUUUAUUACAAAAGGAUACUUACAGAAUAUGUAGUGUUACAUUGUUGUUGCAUUUCUUUUUAAUCCAACAGCUUCUUUAAACCAUCUUCAGUAUACCUUUACAUGUAUAUUUACUAUGACUGUAUAUAUCAGUAAACAACUUUGCUACCAGUUGCCACCAUAGACAAACUUAUGAUCUGAAAAAAUGACCAUGUAUUGCUGUCAUUUUUAGAGCUUUUAUUUGCAGCAAAUGCUAUAAAUAUGCUUUGCAAAACAAUGUGUCACAUGUUGUGUGUUAAGUGAUUUUAUUGUACAUGUAUAAAUAAAAAGACAUAAAACAUCUAUUGUUAAAUAGCUUCACUUGACGCAAAGUGGAUAUUGAAGAUAUUAUACAUUUACAAAUGUAAUUUUCUCUUAAAGCUUUCACCUCAAACCCUGAUGAUCUAAAAGGCAUGUAGAUAGAUUCAACUUGAGAUAUCGUUGAGCUCUGAAUGUUUCUAAAACAUUUAGGUUAGAAUCAUGUCCAGUCUAAUGGUAAAAGCCAAAUCAUAUUUGUAACUGUAUUAACUACCCCCCC